AUGGCACUCCCUCCAUCCACAGACGUCCUCAUCAUUGGCGCAGGCCCAGCAGGGCUCUCGUGUGCGCUCUCGCUCGCACUACAGGGCCUCAGAAACUUUGCAAUAGUCGACUUCCUCCCCAGCGGCCAAAACACCUCCCGCGCGUCGGUCAUCCAUGCAGGAACCCUGGAGGCCCUUGACGGCGUAGGAUGCGCGCAGUCGCUCGUAAACCUAGGUAAUCGCGCCCCAGCGGUCGGCGUAUGGUGUGGAGGACACUACGUCCAGACCACCAGCUUUGACACCCUCGCUCCCUACACCAAGUUCCCGAUGGCGCUCCUCGUUUCCCAGACCGUGACCGAGCGCGUGCUCGAAGAUGCCCUGUGUGAGCGCGGCGUCAGUGUCCUCCGGCCGUUCAAGGUAAUAGACAUGAAGGCUAACGAAGACGAUCCGCGUACUGUUGAUGUGCACUUUGAGAGCGGAGAGACUGUCCGCGCACGCUGUGUAGUUGGCGCAGACGGCGCGCACUCUUUGAUCCGCCGCACAGUCAACGUGCAGUUCCGCGAGCCCGACAACGAAACCCGAGCCACGAGCCGGUUCGCGCACAUGAUCGUCGCGGACAUCACCUUCACCCGCCCGCCCACACUCCCCAACGACGGCAUCCUCAUCAUCUCCUCCCCCGAUAACGCGAUGAUGAUCGCGCCGCUGCCCGCGUCUACCCCGUACGAAACGAACGCGCAGGAGAAGGCGCAGAUCUACCGCAUCGGGAUCAACGUCCCGCGCGCACUCGGCACGCCCCCUCCGUCUCCGCCACUCGAGUACGUCCAGUCUCUCCUCGCCGCGUGGGGCCCGCGCCACCUCGACCGCGACCCGACGCCCAUCGAGGUCCGCUCCGUGCUCUGGUCGUCGAGCUUCCGCACGCACUCCGCCGUCGCCGACACGUUCCUCGCGCACCUGCCCCGGCUGGACGCGCACACGGGCGCGCCGGUCCUCCUGGUGGGCGACGCGGCGCACAUCCACCCGCCCGUCGGCGGGCAGGGCAUGAACCUCGGGAUCCGCGACGCGCUCGCGCUCGGGCCGGCACUGGGCGCAUUCCUCGCGGCGUCGUCGUCCGCGGACGACGCGGAGCGGCCCCUGCGCGCGUGGGCAGAUGCGCGGCGGGUGCGCGCGCUGAGCGUGAUCCGCAUGGUGAAGGGGCUCGUCGCGGCGACGAUGGUGCCCGACCAGACGACCUGGGUGCUGGGCUGCAUCCCCAUCAACCUGUUCUGGCUGAGGAACACGAUGAUGCGCUGUGCGAUGCGCUUGCGCUGGGUGCGCAUGAUGUCUGCGUGGCGCAUGAGCGGGCUCGCGUUCAAGGAUUGACUAUCGUGAUUUUUCGUCUCGGAUGGUAUACGGGAGGCUUCCUUGCAAUACACGAUAUCUACAAUAUGUACGUUACAUCUGUAAUAGCUCUCAAACAAUGCUACCGCGCUGCCAACGCAGCGCCGACGUCCCCGACAAGCUCCCAUACCUCCAGGACCCACGGCUCCAGAAUAGUAGUAGCCGCCUUCUUGCGCUCCUCCUCUGUCCGUAGGUGCCGCACAGCGGCCUCGUCACGCUCCGCUGUCAUGCCGAGGUUAUGGUAGACGACGGAGAGGAGAUACUGUACGUCCUGUAGCGAACGCAGUAUUUCGAGCGUUGCGUAAUCCGCCUCGGCCAUGCUC